UCACUACUAGUGUUCACAUGCCAUGCAUUGAUGCAUUGUAGUAAGUUUGCAUCCAGAUCCAGAUCCGGAACCGUGAGCUGGCUUGCCGAAGGACUACAAGUAUUUUCCGUUCUCCUCUGCCUCCUUCCAACCUUCUACCCUGUAUAAAUCAUGAUCCAUACAGACGUGUUUGCGAAGCUGCUCGGCGUUCUGGAAGCUAUUCAGGCUCGCUCUGCCACCCCAACUAGGCUCUCUCUUGGUGCAGCAGCGAGCGUAGUGGCGUUAACGAUCGUCUUGAGGUACCUCACCGCGAAACAACCAAAACUCAUAACGGACUACGCGAAAGUAGCGAGGAAAGUCAAUGAUAAUGGAGCCGAGGUUGAUGAGUGGGACUUCAUCAUUGUUGGAGGAGGCACAGCAGGAUGUGUUCUCGCUUCACGUCUCUCCGAAGACCCAAACCUACGGGUUCUACUCAUCGAGGCUGGUGGAAGUUCUAAAGAUGUCGAUAUAAGCAAGAUACCUGUUGCGUUCGCGAAACUAAUGCGCAGUCAAUGGGACUACCAUCUUUAUACCGAGCCUCAGCAAUACGCAGGCAAUAAGAAAAAAUAUUGGCCUCGCGCCAAACUUCUCGGAGGAUGUUCUGCUAUGAAUGCCAUGAUUGCACAAUACGGCGCACCGUCCGAUUUUGACGAGUGGGCGCUAAUUUCCGGCGACCAAUCCUGGUCGUGGAACAAUUUUAGCAAGUAUAUUCGCAAGUUCGAGAAAUACACCCCAGACCCGCGCUUCCCACACGUUGAUCCGCUCCUCCGCGGUGCCAAUGGGCCUGUUGAGAUUAAGUACAGCCCCCACAUAUGGCCAGGUGCCCAAGCUUUUGUUGAGGCAAGCAUCAACGUCGGUAUCCCUUUCUCACCCGAUUUCUGUACGACCAAGGGAACGAAAGGGACAAAUAAGGCGAUGAUGUACAUCGACAGCAAGAGCACUCGUGUAACCACUGAGUCUGCAUACCUCACUGACGACGUCCUUGCUCGUCCGAAUUUGAAAGUCGUCACCCACGCGCGUGUUUCCAAAGUUCUCUUUGACACAUCCGGUGGCACUCCACGUGCCACUGGUGUCGAGUUUGCCAGCAAAUCUCAUAUGGAUAAAGUCGGGCCCAAGUUCCGUGCACGAGCGACCAAGGAAGUCAUUGUCUGCGGCGGUACCAUACACUCUCCGCAAAUCUUGAUGCUUUCUGGCAUUGGUCCAGCUGCGCAGCUUUUACGUCACAACAUCCCGGUCGUGCUCGAUGCCCCCAGCGUCGGGGCUAACCUCUUGGAUCACCCAUCAAUCAAUCUCCGGUUCAGGGACAAAACAGGAACUACGUUUCACCAUUUUACGCCUCACAGUUUGAACAGCACGCGCUUGCUUAUACGCGACUUGCUGCGAUAUAAACUGUGGGGCACCGGCCCACUCGCUUCUAAUGUCGGCGAGUCUGUAGCAUUCUUCCGAUCAGACGACCAAGUGCUCUUCCCGCCCGCUGAGUACAACAACGACCUCGAAGACGCCAAUUCAGGCCCAGAUGCACCCGAUAUCGAGAUCAUCAUGUGUGCCGGCGCAGUACGUGCGCACACCAUACCACUCGGCCCAAAGUUCCAGGCAUAUCAGAUGAUCGUUAUCUUAUUACGUCCCACAAGUAAAGGUUCGCUCUUUCUCAAGUCUGCCGACCCUUGGGAUGAUCCGCUCAUGGAUCCCAGCUACCUCGAAACAAAACACGAUGUCGACGUACUCGUUCGAGGUAUCCGCGCUGCUCUUAAAAUCGCACAUACAGCGCCCAUGACCUCUGUCACCGACGUGAAUGCCACACACUACCCUGAACUUGACCAUCACAUCUCCAGUCUAAGCGACGCAGAGCUGGCGGAUAUUGUUAGAGACCGCGUGGAGACGCUGUAUCACCCGGUAGGGACGUGUUCGAUGGGAGCUGGCGGUGUCGUGGACUCGGAGUUGCGUGUCAAGGGCACUCAGGGGCUCCGGGUGUGCGAUGCAAGUGUUUUCCCUAAAUUGGUCUCAGGACACCCGACUGGUGCAGUUAUUGCGACAGCCGAGAAGUUGGCAGAUAUCAUCAAGGCUCACUACGCAUAAAUCGUAGGCUCCUCGGUGGUGUAUUUUAUUGUGUUUUCGUGGUAGGCCGUUGAUUCUCAGGCCCUUACCAUUGUAUUUAUUACGUACUCGUGUGGUAUCUAUCUGUCAAUUAAAUAGAUUGUUGUGCACUAUCCUGGAUGACAGCGAAUGGCCAGAUCUCACCCCUACCUUUCGCAACAGCUCCCAACACCUUGUACUGC